CUCUUCGAGCGGUUUAAUUAUCUCACAUGAUUAUCUCUAAUUUGCAAUUACGGGGGGGGUAGAAGCGUCUGCGUUUAUCUAUUGUCAUUGUGUCAAACACUCGACAAACUGUCAAUAUGGCGGUCGCAAGCUCCAAUGCUCCCUUCAUACUACGCCUUGUUUCCUGCUCUGUAGCAGCUGCAAAUAAAGCUGGCAAUAUAAUCCGCAAUGUCCUACAGAAUGGCGACCUUGCAGUUGUAGAUAAGGUGGGAGAGCUGUGUUAAUUGUUCGUUUUUGUAGAGUUUAUGUAUGAGAUUAUUUAUACUGACAAAACUGGCUAAAUAUGAAAGUAGACUAGUAGUAGUUAGUAGCUUUCAUAAUUCCUGAUGAUGACUCAACAGUAGUCGAAACGUUGAAUUAAAAAUAAGAAUUUCUUCGGAGCUUCCAUUGUUUUGUAUUGUAGUAGUAGUGAAACUGCAAUUUCUCUACAUAUAGAGAAAUUGCAGUUUCAGUACUAAUUCUCAACUGACAAUAUAUCUUCAAUGAUAGCUAGACAAAGGCAUGUUUUCAUUCCUAUAACUGCUGUUUUUGGCAGGGAUUGGGCACAGGAAAAUUUGAUCCACAAACUAUUGCAGACAGAGCAGCACAAAAAUGCAUCAUCACAUCUUUGCAGAAGAAAUUUCCAGCAAUUAAGAUUGUGGGCGAGGAGGUAUACUUGUUUAAAAAUGUUAAAAUUUAAUAUAGAACAAGUCCACGAUCGGUGGGCGUUUCCUAUUUGUCGACGGCCCCUAAGGAUCUAUUGUAUGUAUAAUUUCCAGGAAGAUUGUUCCGAAAUCAUUGAAGUUGCUGAGACAGAGGAUGACUCGAGUGUUUUACAACAACAGUGUCCAGCACAACUGCAGAAUUGUAAAGAAGACGAGGUUGGUUGCUGUUCAUCAAUUUGGAAAUUAAUUGAUGAAGAGAUCAAUGACAUGCAUUAGAAGCAAAUUUAGAAUGUUUUACAUUGUUCUGUUUUUUAUUUCAGGUUGUUGUUUGGGUUGACCCACUGGAUGGUACCAAAGAAUUCACAGAUGGUAGAUAUUGUAGCAGUUUCAAUAAUAACCUGGAAGUACACUAAACCAAACAAUCACAGAUGAUGAAUAUUGCUUACAUAACACAAUCAAUUGUUGGAAUGCCCCUCCCGAUAAAAUGUCAGUACCUGACCUGCCCCCUCCUUCAGAGAAAGUCAAUAUCAACAAAGGAAUGUUCAUUAUUAAUUGGUGUAUGUCUUUCAAGUAAAGACUAUAUUCAGUACAUAUUCUCUAAGUUAAAACUAUCAAUAUUUCUUUCAUUUCUAGGCCUAAUAGAACAUGUUACAGUUCUCAUAGGCAUAUCACUAGAUGGCAAGCCCAUUGCAGGCAUCAUACACCAGCCGUUUUACAAAGCACGUGAAAAUCCAAACAUUACUGGUCGAACAAUAUGGGGAGUGCAAGGUAUUGGUUCAUUUGGCUAUGAAAAGAGCACACAUGAUGGUCUGAUUAUUAUCACUACUAGAUCACACAGCAGUAAAGUAAAUCUUGAAGCAAUUCAAGCUAUGAAUCCAACAAAGAUUGCAAGAGCUGGCGGCUCUGGGUAUAAGGCAUUAUCUGUGCUCCUUGGUGAAACAGAUGCAUAUGUUUAUGCAAGCAAAGGAACAAAGCGUUGGGAUACUUGUGCGCCAGAUGCAAUCCUACGUGCAGCAGGCGGGAACAUAACCGACGUCCUAGGAAGACCAAUUCAGUACAAGUAUAAUACCGAUUACAUGAACUACACUGGUUUGGUUGCAACAUUGGAAAAUCAUGAGACUUUGUUGAGCAAAAUACCAGACAAUGUCAAAGACAGCAUUUCUAAGAAUUUGUAGUCAGUUUAGUACAUUGUAUUACAAAAUUGGUGAAUUAGUAGAUUUGAUUUAUUUAUUGAAUGAUGAAUAAUGUAACAGAUAUAACAAUCGUUUUUGAGUUCAUCCAGAUAUUUUUCACAUUAACAAUUAUUUGCCGAAGGCAUCACUGAGGCAAAUAAUUGUUUUAGUAUUUUUACACAAGUCUUUUGUGUUUUUUUGGGACAGAGUUUAUUUUAAUUUCGCUUAUUUCUUUAUCAGUAACUUCCACAAAACAGCUAGUCACCAUUUUGCAAAUUUUGGUUUUGUUAUAUUCACCUGUAGGUCAAUAUAACAGCUUAAUAUGUGAGAUUUGACCAAUCAACUUGUAGGAUUUGUUAUAUUCACUUGUGCAAAAAUACUAAAACAAUGUAUUUGCAAUUAAUCUACUGUAACAAAAAAUGUACAUCACACUGUCGGUUUCUGUGACCCGAGAAAAGUCAAAUGCAUUGUACAUCAAAGUCACAUUGUAUGGAAUAUUACAGCUUAAGAAUAUAAUGAAGAAAACAUACAAAUUGUACUUUGGUUGAGAUAACAAGGCAUACCCAGCAUUGGGAACAAAGCUGAAAAAUCAUAGCAAACAAGGGAACAUAUGCGGUGAAAUCUUUUUUAGUGUUAUUAAUUAAAAAUAUUUAUACACGGUGUUACCAAAGGAAAACUUUUCAAAACAAGGGAACACUCCCCCCCCCCUAGUGUAGACCUCAUAACUGUUUCCAAAAUAUCAAAAAUUUAUUCCAUUAUUACUUAAUUUUUCUACUUUAUAAUACAAAUUCUUACAACAAUACACAAAGUUUAAUUAUUUGAUAUGUUACAUGUUGGUGACAUAACUUGAAUGUUCUGACAAGUUGCUUUUUUUACAGAAACAUUUUCCACAUAUAAUUACAUGCUACACAAGUGGUUUUGUAACAUGACAAAUAUAUAUUGACUAGCCCAGAUAGUAUUGUUAAGGAGUGAUAUAUUAAUAUUUACAAAAAAAUAUGCAAUUUACAUUGACAAUCAAAAUAUCAAUUUGAAUGUCAAUUAUGAAAAUUGAAUAUGAAAAUUGAAGAUCAAUUUAUAUUUACAAAGUAAGCAAGACUAUAUAUUAUUAGGAAUAUUUGCCCCUCCUAAAAAGUAUGUUUAUAGUACAUACUGCUGCAGCGUGCACAUUGUUUAUCGAAUGGGUCUACGAUUAUGUAUGGUGGGAUCUUACAUGACGAUGGCGAAAAUUAUAACCAGAAUCAUCCAAUUUGCUAUCUAUUGAUGAAUUGUGCCUCGAUCGAAGCUUGUAAUCUCUUUUUGGUGUUUUUGCUGGAGUCCCUGUUUUCCUUGGUGUGGUGGAACUGAAAGGGAAUUGUGAAUUUCAAAUUAUGUAUUCCAGAAGUUUCUAGCUGUGGGAUUAAUCAUUAGAUAAUUAUAUACCUUUGGUUUUUCCGAGCAUCUGAAGGACGUUUUCCUCUCCGAGGUGAAUUUUUAUAGGAACAUGUU